AUGGCGGGAUUUGACCCAGAUAUCUCCAAUGGCACCUGCUACUACAUCAGUGGAAGUGAGGCGCCAUCCAGCUUUCUCCCGUGCGGCAAUGCUGCCAUCAGUCACAAAUCAUGUUGCGAGAGCAGUGAUAUGUGCCUUUCAUCGCACGCUUGCUACAACAGUCAAUAUGGAGUUACUUAUCUAGCCGGUUGCACUGACCCUGACUACGAAGAUGAAACUUGUCCCGGAAAGGGUGACUUCUCAAAUCAAACAUGGGCAGGUCUCGUUUACUGCAAUGGCACCUCAGAUCAAUGGGUAGCAUGCGAAGAUAGCGGAAGCACCGUCACUACACCUUCGCCUUGUGCCUGUCCCUCGGCCAUGGAGUCGAGGACGGUUGCUUUCACCGAUGCGUCCGUUCUCAACAACAUCAUGGCUCUACCGGCGUCUCUGGAAAUGAGUGUAACUUGGAAAGAUGUGGCGGCAUACGCGUCUGAACAUGCACUCACCUCGAUCACAUCUUCCUCCGCAGGCUCAACAAACCUACUGCCUCCAGCGUCUGCCAGCGCGUCGAAUACUGGUCAAUCCUCGUCUGCUAUUUCUUCGUCGACGGCAACAAGCACAAACAGCUCAGGUGUGGUUCUCUUCCCGACAAAUACCCCAAAAGUGACAAAGACUGGUCUUGACAAAGGUGCAAAGAUUGGAAUAGCUUUCGGAUCAGCAGCCGGCGCCAUUUUCCUACUGUUCCUUCUCAGAUGGGUGGUAGUCAGAUCUAAGAAGCGAAGACAAGAAAAAAAGGAGGGAGAACCAUCCACACCCCCUGUGACUGACUCUGAGCGCCCACAGUCAGGUUCACCCACCGACCUGGACAUGCGAAGCCCAGCCUGGUCUGGCCACAAGUCCGAGCUGGCGGCUGACGAAAUGACCACCAGCACGACGUCGCCAGCGCCACUGUAUUGGACACGACCCCAAAGUGCCGAAGUUCAGGGAAGUCCGGCUCCAUCAUCAUUCACAGCAAAACCGACGGGUGAUGGUGGGUUUACGGUGCCUGGUCGCAAAGGAACAUACUACGAGAUGGAUGGUUGAGACCGCUCCCUCACUGUUUGGCUUUCU